ACCACCUGGCUUCUUAAAGGGGCCCUGGGGCAGUGAUUGCCACCAGCCAUGGCUCCCAAAAAGAAGAUAACCAAGGGGGCCAAGGAGCCCGAGGUCAAGAAGAAGAAAGGUGGCAAGAAGGAUGCCAGCAUAGCCAACAAGCCCAUGGAAAUGACUUUAGGCGAGGAGAACCGAGAAUUCUACCAUAUCCAGAUCCGGGACCUGGAGGACAGGCUGGCCCGGUACCAGCGGAAGUGGGAUGAGCUGGCCGUUCAGGAGAAGCUGUUCCGCCAGGAGUUUGAGCAGUUGGCCAACAACAAGAAGGAGAUCGUGGCCUUCCUCAAGCGCACACUCAACCAGCGCGUGGAUGAGAUCACUGACCUCAAUGAGCAGCUCCAGAGCCUGCAGCUGGCCAAGGAAAUGGAGAAGGACGCCUUUGAGGCACAGCUAGCCCAGGUGCGCCAUGAGUUCCAGGAGACCAAGGACCAGCUCACCACAGAGAACAUCAUCCUUGGGGGGAAGCUGGCAGCUCUGGAAGAGUUCCGGCUGCAGAAAGAGGAACUCACAGAAAAGUUCGCGACCCUGGAGGACCAGCUACGGAAGCAGGAGUGUGACUACAAGGAUUACGUGUACAACCUAGAGAAGAAGUCUGUGCUGGACAAGGACAGACUGAGGAAGGAGAUCAUCCAGCGCGUGAACUUGGUGGCCAUGGAGUUCCGCAAGGUGGCCACUAACCAGAUGUGGGACACGACAAAGCGAGCCAUCAUGGAGAACAACACGGUCACCCUGCAGCUGUCCAAGAUAUCCCGGCAAGGCAUGCAGCUGCUGCAGGAGAAUGAGCAGCUCAAGGGCACCCAGGACAAGCUGUGCGAACAGCUGGAUCUGUUGGAGAACACCCAGAAGGCCAUGGCCAGGCAUAGUAGAGGCCACCAUAAGAUCAUCCUCAUGCUGACUGAGAAGUGCCUCGAGCAGCAGCAGAGCAUGGCAGAAGCCGAGCAGCUUCGCCUCCAGCUGAGCCAACUGGAGCAGAGCCUCAGGCAACUGCAGCAGGACAACCAGGCCCUGAGGAGUCAGAGAGACCAGCUCAACUUGCAGCUAGAGAGGCAGCAGACUAAGGCACAACAGCUACAGCAGGAGCUGACUGAAGAGCAGAAGGUUCGGGCAACUCUGGAGACAGCCCUGGCCCAUGCCACCUUCUUCCUACAGGACAUUCUACAGAUGCAACCUGACGAGGAGGACGGCGACUUUGAUGUAGUGUUCCAGCUACAGUGUAAGGAGAUGCUGCAGCAGCUGCUGACCAUGCUCAGCUCGGCCAUGGUCCUAAGUCCCCAGCUGGCUGUGUGUCCCCGCCGGGAGAGCAAGCCCCAUGGCCCACCCAAGGAGAGCCAACCUAGCACCCAGCCACCCAAGAUGGGGUCUCUGCCUUGGCAGCUAUCCAGCAUCACACCCUACCAGCCGGGGGACCUGGGCCUGGUGCCACGACGGGCCCACAUCCCACCCAACCCUGAAGACCUCAGGCUGCUCUCACACACCACCCGUGUGGGAACCUUCCAGGUGCAUAGCUGCCCUGAGAUCCACACCUCUGGUUCUCCAAAAAGGUUCAAAAAGUUUAGUCUUCCCGAAGUUUCUCUACUUUCUAAGUAAGACACAGAGAGAUGACCAACCCCUAUUCCAGAAGUGGGCCACUGUGGCCACAGUCUCCUCUUUAAUUAACAGGCAACCUGGGGCAGCCCAGAGAAGAGUUCUAUAAAAAGUGAAUACCACAAA